AUGCAGAGAAAAAAGAGGUGAAUGAGUCCAUGGUGACUCUGAUCCGAGACAAAAGCAAACACAGGAGGAAACAUUUGGCACGUUUGCAGAGGCACCUAGCCCCUCCUGUGCUCCACCUGUGGGAGAAAGAAGAGGACGAAGCAGACAAGCAGAGCAAAUAUGACACGUCCACGACGGGGCAGCUGUCACUGGGUACAAGCCUGAGCACCAGCACCCUAACUGAUGGUGGGCUUCAGCCACUGUGCAGUGAUGUAGACACAGCAGCAAGCAUAUCUGUGGCUGUUUCUCCUGAGCAGCAUCUCAGAGCCACAACCAGGAGCAGAGGAGCAAAAAAAGAAGGAAAAGACGCUAAGAAGUUUGAAAAACUCUUUAAAGAGAAGUGUGACAAAACUGAAGACGGGGAGAAAGGUCAGCCUUCCCUGCCAGCGAUUGGCUCAUGGGAGUUUGAGCUGGAGGAUGACGAGUAUCUGAAUUUCCUGGAGCUCUUCCUCAGCUAUUUGCUGGAGAAGAAUAACACGGAUGGAGAGGAUUUUGGCAGCGAGCUGCCUUUGCUGAGGAGCUUCUGCUCCGAGCUGAGGGAGAGAGAGCUGCAUUCUUUGAAAUUCGAUGUACUUUCUACAAUUCAUCGUCGUCAAAACGGAGAGCGUCGCCCAGCGAGGAAACACCCGAGCAAUGCGCCACCGGUGUUCAGAGCUGGCAGUUGUUUUAAACCUGUGAAACAGGGUGAAAAACCUGAGCUGCAAACUUCUUCUGUUUGGAAUGAAGCCACCACAUCCAGGGCCAGCCUUUCUGUCAGCUCUCAUCCUGGACAGAGAACUGGGAAACAGAAAGGCUUGUUUGGCCGACAGCGAAGAGACUCAUCUCCAGCAAGAGUUAAAGAAGCAGUUCCUGGUUGUGAAACCAACGCUUUUAGCACAGGGCAGCCCUCUCAGAGCUUUGUCUUCAGCUCCUCUGUGUCUCUUGAAGCUGUGACUGACUUACAGCAGGGCCUGGACCCUAAAUUAGAGGCUCAGUUUCCAGAGCUGGGCAGGCUGCUGGAGUGGAUGGUGAGAUGGGCCGAUAGAAGAGCGCUGUUGGGACAUCGUGGUAAAAAGAAGAAUGCUAAAGAGGGAGAAGCUGAUGAAGGAGUUGUGAUUCGUGUCAAAGCUUCAUCAUCUGCCAUCCUCACUGCGCUCAGUUUGCUGGAAUGCAAGCACACCGUUUUACCCCAGACUGAACGCUUCAGUUCUCACAUCCCAGUUCAAGAAAUGCAAUUCAUUGUUGCCCCUGUGCUGCAGCCUGAGGUGGAUCAGAGGCUGGAGAGGGAUAGUAGCGUGGACACAGGCUACCCUGGAUCAGUUAACACUCCCAUCACUGGUCUCGAUCAUAAUCUGCAGCAUGGAGAACUUUCUUCUCAUACGGAUGGCUCAGAGGAGGCAGCAUUUCAGAGGAUGCCUCUCUCAUCGAACCGGCUUCAGCUGAAUUUAGAUCCUGAGCAGGAAUGUGCCAGCUCACAACAGCAGUCUUUUGUAAAUGUUCCACCUGAAAAAAAAGAUAGAAGGGGCGACAGUGAGAGUUUGACCACGUUGUCUUCUGGUUCCAACGAGGACACUUCUAGAAAUGUCUGCUCACCUGAAAUGAGUUUCAAACUUGAAGAUCUUGACUACUCUGAAAGAGCUAAAGAAAUGUCAAGUUCAUCCUCUAAAUGUUCUCCUGAGCUCCCAGAAGCUCCUCCUGCCGCUCAGCCUAAAACUACUCUUGGUGCAGAACUUACUAAUUCAAGUAGAGUGCAUCUCCCCAACCCAGCUGUAGAUCCUCCAAACCGCCAGCAUCAAAGCUCCAGAGUUGGUGCACCUGCUGCAGAAUCAGCUUCCUUCAAUCAACCAUCAAUCACUUCACCAAUAAGGCAGCGCCUGGGUGAAGACUUACUCCGACUGGUUCAGCACAUCAACUAUAUGAGUCUUAGUGAGGUUAUAGGAGCUACUUUUUCCAACCUUCAACAAGCCCAGCAGAGCUUCCCUGUGGCUCCACCUGGACUGAGCUCAUCACAACCUAAUAUUCCAACACCAUCCUUUACCAAAAUCAUCCCAGAGCCCAACAUCCCACCUGUUCAAACCAUUGCUGCUGCACCUCUAACACAGGAAUUUGUGCCAAAAUCAGGAUCCAGGGACUCCCGCUUUAACUCGGUCUCAUCAUGUGAGUUUGCAGAUCAGCCUAUUGUGCAGAGCUCAGCCAAAAUCUCCUCAGGGUCCAACCAAAAUCUGCUCUGCAAUGCCAGUGGUGCAGGUGUGAGUUAUCAGGAGAUGCAGCCACUUUCUGUCCAAGCAGAGUCACCGGAGAUUAAACAGAGGAAGAAGAUUCCCUCUUCACAGGGGCUCCUGGCCACUGCUGACACCUGUUCUGCUGUUCACAACCCUCCUGUGUCGGCGCCUGCUAGUAUCAGAGCACAGAAUGACUCUCCUCAGGUGCUGGGCCUGAAGUUACUCAGACUACAUCCCUCUAUGAUGCUUCAUGACGACGCUCCACACGGUCCACAGACUCUGCGCACUGCAAACCCUGAAACUAUUGAGUCCUAUCCUUCCAAGGAUAAACACAAGGAGGAUCGAGCCACUUGGAAGAAGAAAGGUGGAGAGCAAAGAAAUGUGUUUUCAGCUCCAGUGAAACAUCUCAGUAAUAAUCCUCCACGUAAUCCAACUCCCAGGACCCCUCAGCCCCAGAUGUGGCCAUCAGAGAGGCCCGUCGCUCAAGCCGCUUUACCUCAUCCUGCUUUUCCAACUUUAACACCAGCGUCGAUAUCGGGCCUUCGCCUGCUGCAGGUGCAGCACGUUCCCCAAAGCAACAUCACACUUCCUAAACUCUCGCUACCCUUUGUCUCCAGACCUGCUGUCUUUUCAGUCCCAGUGACUGGCGCGCCAAUGAUUAAGCUUCUGAGCAUUGAUUCUGGACCUAAAAUGAUGUUGCCCCGUGCGGUUCCUCCAACUCAAACACUUCGUCUAACCUCCAUGGAAGAGUUGAGUCGUUUAGAGAUCCGGCGGCGAGAUGCUGAAGACGCUCAGCUGCAGCUGCUCAGAGCUGAUCUGUCCACCAAAGACUGUAGAAGGCCAGCUAGUCCUACCAGCUGUACCCCCAGCAAGAGGCAGAAGAGGAGAGAGAAGAGCAGAAAAACAGAAGUCACAUUCCGUCUAAAUGACUCUGUCGUCCCGACACUAAAGGCAGAGGAUUCACCUGCAAGUAAAGAACCUGUGUUUGCUGAAGGGAUCGCUCCUACACAAGACGUGACGGGACCCUCAGACUGUUUGCUGACCGGUCAGAGAUUAUUGGGCAGGGUCUUUUCCACUUCAGCUGAACUCCAUGCCUUUGCUUCUACAAGUAAACGACCCCCUGAGCGCCAUGAUGCUUUUACCAACACAGACUCAGCCUCUUUGCCUGUGCUCGUGGAUAAAGCUGUUUCUGUCCACGCCUCGGUGACAACAAGCAGCUCAAAACCACAAAGUCCCAGGACUUUUCAUGUGUUCUGUGAAGAUUCUAUUCAAAACACAGAGAAAACCCCACAGAAACCAGAGGAGAUGCAGCGUCAGGGUGGCCAUCAGUUCAUUAGUGUCUUAGAUCUAGAGGAACUAAUCCCGCAUGAAGAUCUGUUGCAACGUCGCAGCUCAGAAAUACAAGUUAUUCCUUCUGAGCCACAACCCUGCGUUGCAGUUCAAGAGAAUACGACAAAACCCACCAACUCCACAGAUAUCCCUGUGACGUCUCCGUCGUUCAGUUAUGCCGGGCCCAGUGGAGUUUUGGAGAGAAUCGUCCGGCAGGACCAUGUGACGGUAGCUUCAUCUGAUUCUGAACUCUGUGGAGCCAUAAAGGGCCAGAGCACCGAUGGAACCCCCUCCCCACCUCCUGCAGUCCAGUUCUCCUCUCGCCUGUCAGAGCUGGAUGCCCAGUUAGCUGCUCUGCAAAACAUUGCAGAUAAUCUUGAGAUGGACUUCUUACACUCCAGAACGCUGGUGAACAAAAUUGAGAAGCUCUCCUCAGACAUGACACCUGGCGUGAAAAUGAACGCAUCAGUAAAGAAAACUGUCAGAAUCUCUGACCCGAUGAAUGCAUGGACACCAAGAUUCGACUCAGACCAGAAGGCCAGAGAGACGCCUGAAGAAGAGCGUGUUCAUAACGACUCCAUCAGUCCUGAGACAAAUCCAUCUCUGUAUGAUUUUACAUCUCAUUCCAGCCAACACGCUGUUCCUUCCUACCUCCACACUCCUCCAGGAGUAAAACAUCACUUCAGUGAGACCUACAGGAUACCUCAUGCAUGGGAAGAUAAGAAUCUGAGCCAAACUGAGCUAUCUGAUACAGCAGAUAUCUUAGAUGAGUUGGUACGGGAAGGCUACUUAUCCUCCACUGACUGGAGUUUGUCUGCUUCACAAACUGCACACCAUAGCAGCAGGCAGAGCCGGUGGACAUCGCAGAAACCCACGCUUCCUGAAGACGAGAGGAAGGAGCUGAGAAUCUGGAUGAGGAGGAAGCAAAGAGAACGACUGGCUGCCUAUCAGAAGCACAGAGAAAACCUCAGAGAAAGAGAGCACAAACCUUUCUCUUCCCGUCCAACAGGGUCUGAGAACAGAAACCGAGCAACAACUGGGAGAAACAGAGAGGAAGAGGAAAAGCUCAUGCUCCUGAAACAGUACGAGCAGAGGACGCGUGAGGCUUGUUCUUUAGCCGCCGACUUCCUCGGCUCGCCUGAAAACGUGCAGCGGUCUUCACAGACUGAUGCUCCUCCUGUGGUCUCCAGCACACGGCUGAUUUCUGCUCCUCCACCCAGCAGCGCUCGCAGGCCUCACGCUGUAUCUGUCAGUGAUAAGAGAAGACGUGGGUCUCAGUCAGGACAAGCCCCUCGCCCUCAGUCCAUGGAGGGGCGACAGCUGGAGGACGUCCGCAGAAGACUGGGACUCCAUCGACCAGUGACCUAUUUACCAGGAGAUCGUCUGUCCAGAGUAACAAGGCGUGGUAUGCUCAGCAAUACUAAGAGCCAAACUCAGCAUCCUGCAGCCAGUCAGAGUGAGGGGCAGCGGGGUGGACACCAGAAGUUGGGAUUAAACAACACCUUUUCCCGCGGAGCCGCUUCAGAAAGAUGGAUCCCAAGAGAGAAAACACAAGUUGAAAAGACAGAGAGAGUGAACCGCUCAGAGUCAAACAGGCUGCAGGGUCUGGAGGAGUUUGACUUUGUUUUAGGUGAACAGGAAGAGCCCCUCACAGGUGGUGCUUCAGAGAUGGACUGGCUGGAUAAUCUCUCUGAGAGUGCGGGCAGCAGCCUCAGCAAAGUCGAUUGGGCUGCCAUCGAAAGGAUGGUGGCUGAAGAGGAUGACUGAGCAAAAUAGAGGGGAGAAAGUGCCUUAUGAACUCUAAUGUAGAAUGUGUGGAAUGGAAGUAAAAUUACAUACCUCUGUACAUAGGAAGUGUUACAGUGUAACCUUGUGUUGAUAGAAAUUGCAAUUUAAUACUUUGUUUACAAUCAGCUGUUAUGUACAUUGAAUAUCUUAUCUGUUUUCAUUUAUACUUGUAAUAUUCUUUCGUUCGUUUAAUUAAUUUACUUGGCUGAAUUGUGACGCACUUUGGUCAACUCAUGUUUAUGUGCUAUAUAAAUAAAAUUGACAUUGUGAGACUC